GAGAGGACAGAAGCGCCGGGGGCGGCCGCACGGCAUGGCGGGACAGCGGUCGUUCGGCGCUCAGCUGCUCGCGCCUGCCAGUUGCUAGGAGUCGGGGACGCUGGCCCGGCGGUCCGGGCCUGCAAGCUGCGAUGGAGCCCGGGAAGAGAAGAACAAAAGAUGAUACUUGGAAAGCAGAUGACCUCAGAAAACAUCUUUUGGCUGCACAAUCAGGUAGUCCCAAGGAAGAUAAGAAACACAGAGAAAAGAAGCUGCAUAAGGAGUCAGAAAUGGACCUCCCUGAAUACAAAGAGCCCAAGCACAGGGACCCAGACCGAGACACCAAGUACAGAGAGAGGCCUGGCGAGAGAGAUGGCCACACCUCCAGGGAGAACCCUCAUGGCGACAGAGAAAGAGAAAAGCAAAGGGAAAGGAAAAAGGCCUCCAGAGACCGGGACAGAGAAAGGCAUAAAGAGAAAUACCGAGAACAGGACACAGAGAAGUCUCACAGUAAAGAAAAAGACAGGGACAAGGACAGAGACCGCAGAACUAAGAGGGAGGAGCUCAGGCAGAUGGCUGCCCACCAUAACCUGCUGGGCCGGCAACUCCUGGACAGAGCAGAACGCAAGAUGCGAGCAGGUGUGUGUUUCCGCUGUGGAACCUUUGCACCUGUUGAUGGCAGCCGCAUCCUUCCCUUCCUCAAGUCAGAAAACCUGGGAGUCACUCGGACCCCAGUCUUUCUCCUGCAGUCUAUUGGAACUUGGCGCUUCGCUCCCUGA